UCUGCUCAAGUCUCUUUUUUUAUGUGCCUUUUCGCCGCCCCCUGAAACUUGUGCUGGGGGGCUGGCGUUGCGUUUUCGCACCGCGCAUGGUGCAACAGCUGCUGCACAGAUUGGUGUUGAUAUGGGUGCUAAGUGGCCUUGGUCUUGCCCUGGGAGGCAACGACCAAGCUGAUGCAGAGAAGGUGCAGGGCAAUCUAGAGCUGGCGCCCAGACGAGAACUGUUACGCAAGGAGGGCAGAGAAAAUGAGCAAUCUAUGAAGGCGAGUCCUGCGGCCUUCAAAGAGUACCGCUUCUCAGUGGACAAGACUCGAAAGUCAGGCCAAUCGGUCUUCGACAUCUCGGAGCUUUUCCUCUUGGAUCAAGCUGGUGAGGCCUUGCCCCUUAACACGCCCAACACUGUGCUGAGCAUCACCAACAGUCAGGUCAUUAGUAGCAAUCCACGGAACUUGGUCGACAACAACCCUGCCACCAGCAUCCGGCUCACCACUAAUCAGACCAUCACACUGAAGCUGCAGCAGAUGGGUGUUUUGGUGGCUGGGUUUGGCUUCAAAACGAGCCAGAACGAGGACGGCAAUGGAUUUGAUCCGAUCUCUUUCCGCUUGGAGGGUUCCAUGGAUGGCAGCAGCUGGUAUCUCCUAAACCAGAAGGCUGGUUAUAGCACACCAGAAGCUCGUGGGGCGCUGGUGGGCCCAUUCAUGGUUUCCAAGUUGACAGCUCUAGCAUUGCAAGGUGACAAGACCCUCCCGGCCAGCGCCUUUCCAACGACUGUGCCUGUGCCACCGCCAGUGCCCUCUGCAGCACUUGGUGUGGUCUCGACGGGGUCCAUGCAUCGGCCUUUUGAUCGGGCCACGGUGUCUGGUUCAUUGUCGACCCAGGGUGAGCACAAGGACAUAGCAGCCGUGGGCGCCUUGCGAGCCACCACCAUCACCAGCACCUUGCCCUCGGCUCCAAAGGUGGCUGCGGCCGUGCUGGAUGCCUCAGCCUCGGUCGGCCUGGACAAGGCCGAUGCCGCUGCCACCGUUGCUGCGGUGGCUGCUGUGGAGGCGGUGACUGCAGCACCGAGUACGGCUGCGGCCCGGCUGGCGCAGGCGGCCACAGCGGCGGGGCUGGCGCCGGAGCAGGUGGAGAUGGUGACGGCCACAUUGCAGUCAGUGGAUCAAAGUCAUUGGGAGGCCGUUGUGGAAGCUUGGACUGCGGUGGCGGCCAAGAAAGCACAGGCCCAAAGUGCGGAAGAUAAGGUGGCUGCAGUGGUCUCUGCAUCUGGCGAGGCCGGCUUAACGGUCGCCCAGCAGGCGGCGGCCGCAGCCACCAGUGCCAAUGCAGCUGCAGCACGAGUAGCAGAAACGGUGGCGGCUACGUCGCCGUUGAAAAUGGUGGGGGAAGCGCUGGAAGGUGCUGAGCUGCAACCUGAGGGAAAGGCAGCAGUGGCCGAUGCUGCAGCCAAAGAGCGGCCGGACAAUCAGGAAGCCAUCGCCCAUGUUCUCAGAGCAGCGGGCAUAAUGGCCACCACCACUAUGCUGCCGAUGGUGGAUGUGACGGAUCCCGACGCCCGAGUGAUCCUGGAGGCCGUGGUGCAGAAGUUGGCGAACGCCUCGGUGGAUCCGCAGGAGAAGGUGAAGAUUGCGAAUGCGGCGGCGGAAGCCUAUGUGAAGGGUCGUGCCUCCACUACUUCCGUUGAUGGAGUUGGCAUGAUCGUGCGCGCCGCUGAAGCGUUGGGUCUAGCGCAUGCGCAGGUGAAGAGGAUGGCCGAGACGGCGGAGCAGCUCACCGUGGCGGAACAGUUGGCGGCGGCCACGGCGCUGCGGGCAGCUUCCGAAGGACCUGACGUGCUCGGUCCAGAGGAUCCGGCCGACAAGGUUGCAGCAGUGGUGAAAGCCGAAGCCGCCGCUGGCGUGCCAGAGGCGGAGCAAGCUGAAGCCGCCGCUGCCGCAGUGACGGUUGCCGCCAAGAAGGCCAAGAAGGCCAAAGAAGCCGAGGAGGAGGGCGAAAUCCUAAAUCGCAUAGUUGCCGAAGCCUUGAAGAUUGGGCUCGACGAAGACCAAGCAGAAGCCAUCCUGGAGACGGUGUCCGCGAUGUCAUCAGAGGAGCAGGCGGUGAUUGAGCGCUACCUGAUUUCACUGCUGAGCCCUGAGACCGUCGUCACCACUACGGGCGAUUUGAAAACAGAGCCAGUCGUCACCACCGCAGUGAGCACCAGCACCAGCAUGACCCCGGCUGCUCCGGGCUCGGCGACCUUUAGGUUUUCUGUGGUUCCAUCCACCAGCUCUCGAUCGUCCUAUAAGGCCGAGACGGGCCUCUCUGCCAAGGGCUUCGUCUUCGGAGUGGGCCUGGACGUCCAAGGACUGGUGGAAUUCAUCGAAAGCCGAACGGGGAAAGAGGUGGACCCCUUUGAACUCAGCUUGGCAUAUGGCAGUUUCCUCUUCAGCUGGCCGUCCACCACGGAUUGUUCCAACAAAGAGAGUGGCUUCACGGAUUUUCAAUCCAUCACUUUCUACAAUGCGAGCUUCUCCAAUCCGGGACAAGCUUGUGGAGAUCUGUUGGCCACUUCCAUGGACCUAGAUGGAGUGCUGAGAUUCCCAGCUGAAGGCGAUACCGAUAUGUUCCGGGUGGCUGGGAUGUUUGGAAGUCAGUACGAGGACUCAGGAGGUGACAUGGUGACUUUGAGCAUUUUGGACUUGCUGAUCUUUCAGAUCAAGGCCUCUGGUGAGAAGGUGGAAUACCGGGUUUGUGGUGACAGCACCGGUGCAUCCUACCUGGGGUGUCCUAGCAGGAGCCCUUUGAAGAUCAAGUACCCCGAGAACAACUUGGGGCAGGGCGUCAAGAUCUGCACAGGCCAGUCCCACUUCCACGAAUACAAGCUGGAGAACUGCUUCUCUGUGUGAUGAUGCAGCUGGAAAGAUCGGGCAAAAA